AGAUAAGCACCCGCGUGGGCUACUAACCACGCUUUUUUGAACAUAGCCACUCCAAUGUUCUCGAACAAUCUCGGCACUUUCAUUCAGAUGGCGAAGCUUACCUCAGAGAAGGAGAGCGCCAAGGCUCGUCACUGCUGUAAGCGAGCUCCCGUGCCGCGACAGCCGUCAUCCCACACCUACAAGCAUCGAAGCCUCAACGUUAUCUUAACCUCAGGUAUUCCUUAAUGAACACUUCAUAUACUAUUGAAGAGCAUUGAAUUUAUAGUGGUUUCCAAUUCUCUGUCUGGAUUGCCAUUAAAAUGGGUGGGGGCUCAAAAUUUCCGGACAACCCCGCGCUUGAAGAUGUUCACGCUAAAGUCAGACCAACCACUAUUUCAGCAUCAGACAAUCUCAGGGAAUAUACCGUCUUAGUCACGGGCAUGGGCGCAUAUCCAAACGGCCACGGAGGCCACUACUCUGCCUCAGAAAACACAUCCCACCUCAUCACCCAACGUCUUCCCGACCAUAUCCCGGCCAAUCACCCACUCAACCCUACCGGUUUGCCCAUUCGAAUUAUCAACCCCACAUGCGGUCCAAACUCAGCAGUGAAGUCACAAUACGCACACAUCCGCUCCUACGUCAAGACCCUGCAUGCGGAUUCGCAAGAGACUAACCAGUUGGAUGCGAUUGUCCAUCUAGGUAUGGCUGAUGGAUGGGAUUGGUACACGGUUGAGAAAAGGGCGUUCAAAGAGGGUAUGUCCAGUACGUGGUGGGGAGAGAGUGCGAGAGAGGGGUACUAUAUGGUUCUUGAUGAUGCGGGGAAGACGGUAUUGGAUAUCAAGGGGAAAGAUAAGGGGAUCUGGGAGGGAAGUCCGAUGGGACUUAUGACAGGUGUGAAUGUUGAAAAAGUAGCGGGAGAUGCGAGCAGGGCUAUCAAUGCAGAUUCUGCUAAAGGGAUCCAGGAUCUUGGGGGGCAAGAGAAGGAGAAGCUCAAGGUCCAGAUAAUUCCUCAUAUUGAGGCGGGGAAUUACUGCUGUGGAUUCAUCUACUACGAGAGUUUGGCGACGUGCUUGAAGUGGAAGUUGGAUACUAAAGUGGUGUUUUGCCAUGUUCCGGGAUGGAGAGAUUACGAGAGGCUGAAGAGGGGAUCGGAUGUAGUUUGUGCGGUUAUUGGAGCGAUCUGCAAUCAGAUUCCGAAAGGGAAGCAUGGCUGGUCCUCCUCUGUUAGCACCAAUUACCCGUAGAUUGGAUAAUAGGC